AUGGCUUCUCUAAUCUCAAAACUCGGAUCGGCUGUUGGUCUCACCUCAUCCACCCCAAAUGUCGAUAGCGAUCAGCUUCCACCUGCCGACUGUGUAGUGAGCGACUGCAACGCUUGUCCAAAUCCAUGCGACGAUCAUAGACCUUAUCCUCACAUGGAGAUCGAUACCGAGACGCCCUUGCUGGGGUCCAUGAAACCAUAUGGUCGACACAUUAUGAUCAGCACAGGACAAACUGAUUGGGCAUCACAUAUUGAAGACGACAAGGGCACUCUUGCAGCAGAGCUUAACGUGAUCGUUAAUGAUCAAUUUAAGCAAGAUUGGCGUAAUUUCAUCACCAACACCUCCAUGUUUACUCAAUAUUCAACCAUCCCAAAUGCACACGACGUGAUCAUCUUACCAGACAAUAUCCUUGUCACCAACGUCACUCCUGAUCGUGCUCAAGAGUUUUAUGACGACUUCCUCAAUCAACCAUUACCUGCAUCACCUAAUGAACCACUCAAGGUCUCCGAAUCAAUGAAAGUACAAAAGAAUCCAUACGCUUCCAUGAUCUUGAUUUGCUCCCACAAGAAAAGAGAUCGACGAUGUGGUGUCGUAGCCCCUAUCCUGGCAGCAGAAUUUGAUAACGUAUUGCGCGAAAAGGAUAUCUCAGAGGAUGAUGUGGCUAUAUUCAUGGUGAGCCACGUGGGAGGUCACAAAUUUGCUGGCAACAUCAUUUGUUAUAUCCAUGAAGGAAGGACAGGCAUCUGGUAUGGUCGAGUCAACACUUGUCAUUGCAAGCCAAUCAUCGAGGAAACCAUGUGUGAGGGGAAGGUCAUCAAAGAUCUGUAUCGUGGAGCCAUGAGCCACAGCUUUGUCCAGUCGAAAUCUGAUAGAGUCAAAUGGUAA